AUGGCGAACACGCCUCGAACGAAAGACGAUGAGCCUCACGUCGAUACUAUUGAGGCAGCGGCCGCGAAGGCGCCUGCACAAGAGCACCAGGCGUAUGGAACCGUGCAACUUCUUCAAGGCGGUUCAGUCGUUUUGAUUCCCACCCCAAGUCCUGAUCCUAAAGACCCUCUCAACCUUCCAACAUGGCACAAAUACCUCAUCAUUUUCAUCGUCGGUUCGUACUCGGCCAUCGCCGUCCUCGCAACAUCCGGUCUCGGUGCCGUGUUCCCCUCCGUGCUGAAGGAAUAUCCCCCCGAAGACGCCACGCGAGCAACAGACCUCCUUACAUAUCCAACGCUUUUCAUGGGGAUCGGCAACCUCUUCUCCAUGCCGCUCUGCGUGACCAUUGGAAGACGACCCGUCUUUCUCAUGUCGCUCGUUCUGCUCGUCUUGUCCGGGUUUUGGUGCGCCUUCUCGACGUCUCUCAGCAGCCACAUUGCAGGCCGCAACUUUUACAGCAUCGCCGCGGGCCAGAGCGAAGCGCUAGCGCCCUUCAUCAUUGAAGAGAUUCACUUCCUUCACGAGCGGAGUGCUAAGCUGUCUUGGUUCAUUGGCGUCCAGACGGUCGGGACGGCGGGCAUGUUCGUUGCGACGGCGUACAUUGUCCCGUCCUUGGGGCUCAAGUGGUGGUACCUCGUCAUUACCUUUAUCAACGCCGCGAUUCUCGUGUUGGCCUUUUUCUUUGCCGUUGAGACCAAAUAUGAUCGGCCAAACGAUGCCGAUAGGGGUGCUGUACAUUUGAAGCUGGACGAGGAAGGCAACGUCAACAGGACAGGCGACAAGGAGAAGGUCAUUCAGGUGUUGACACGAGAAAACCACGUUCUGCAACCAGAUGUCUUUGGAUCCCGAACCUGGCGCCACAAUCUGACAAUCUUCCACUUCAAACCCGAGUGGAAGCAGACCCUCAUCUUUUACAAAGAGACAAUGCAAUCGCUCUGGCUGCCUAACAUUGUCUGGAUGCUGUUGCUCAACGGCGCUUUCUUGGGCAUCUACAUUUAUCAGGCCUCAACGUUUGCCACCAUCCUCAUGGCGCCGCCGUACAGUUUCAAAUAUGACUGGCUGGGAUACGUCCAGCUCGUCCAGGUCAUUGACUGCGUCGUCAUGGUACCCCUGCUCGGCUACGGAUCCGAUAUGCUGGCACGGGCCAUGAGCAAUUGGAAGAAUGGGACUUUCCAGCCCGAAUACAGGCUCAUCAUCCUGAGCGUCCCGAUCCUGUCAGCCAUCAUCUCCUGCGUCUUUUACGGGCAAGCAGGCGCGCACCCGGACCAGUGGCACUGGAUGACGGUCGUGGCUCCCUACAACCUCGGCUACUUUGCCUUCCUCGGGGCAAACCUCAUUGGCAUCACCUACGCCAUUGACAGCUUCCCGAGCAAGGCCGGGCCGCUUCUCCUCGUGCUGUGCGCGGGCCGCGGCUUCAUCUCGUUUGGCCUCAGCUACUCCACGGUCCCGUUGAUCAACCUCAUUGGGUACAAUGGUGCCAUGAACAUUUUCGCCAUUAUUGCUGGUGUUUUGGGCGUUAUCACUGUUCCUGUGUACUUUUUCGGGCCGCGGGUCAGAAUGUGGGCUACGAGAAAGGUUUGGCCUGAGAUGGCCCAGUAA